UUCGACCGGCCACAAGAUGCAAGGUUGUACAGUCGAUCAUGCAGUCAUCUAGAUUUGCGACUGUUUGCUGCUGGACAAGUUAUGUAGCACUUAGUCGUGUAAGAUCUUUAGACGGUAUUCGGGUUGAAUAAGUUGAUUGCUCUAAGUUAUCAGGAAAAACCUCAAGCAACAGUGAAGCUUUAUAUGAAA